AUGGGCGAGCCACCAGACCUACGCCCCGCUUCUCCCAACGAACCCCCGUUGCCACCCUCGCUCAGCUCCUCGGUCGUGCUCGAACGCCUCCCGCCCUCCCCAACCCCGUCCCUCUCAGACACCGAUGCCUCGGACGAAGCCCCGCCGCCCCGCCGCGGCCUCAAGGACAUUGCGAGGAUGUGCGUCGGCAUCGCGUCGGUCAAGUCGCGCGAGGCAGAGCGGGUAAAGGCCUACCACGCUGCGGCUGACGUGCACCAUGCGACGGGUAGCAGCGUUGCGACCGCGACAGGAGCCGGCGUCGGCACCGGCGCCGGCGCCAUGGCUGGUGCAUCACCGCGCGCCAGCACGAGUGCCGAAGAAGUGGCAGGGACAGCAGCCGGGUCUGCGCGGUGGUGGCCGCGCGGCGCCCCCGCUCCCCAGCAUCAAGUCACGCUCAGUGUGGGCAUGCACGCGCACGCACGAGACCCGUUCGCGAAAGAGGUGGCUGUCAAGGGCUGGCAGGUCGUCGGCGGCAAGAGCUGGACGGAUGGCGCCAAGCUCGGCGCGUAUGUCGUUUACGACAUUGACAUUUCGUUACGCAGCGGCACGACCGUGUCGAUCUUGCGGCGGUAUACAGAGUUUGUCCGGCUGCGAGAUGACCUCAACAAGACUUUCCCACAUCUCAAGAAGACAAUACCCCCCUUACCAGGCAAGAACCACAUGGCCAAGUUUGACCCCAAGUUUCUGGAAGAACGACGACCGCGGUUGCAGCGCUUUCUGCGUACAGUCAUGCUCCACCCGGAAAUGGGUGUGGGCGGAGACGAUUCCGUCCUCGCUCGCUGGGUGUUGAAACACUAG